AUGUUCCUGCCUGUUCUGCUUCUCUUUCUGUUUCUUGAAUUGCGUCCGUACAUAUAUCGUGCUUUGGAGCGGUUGAUGCCUAAGGGUAACUAUGUAGGAUUUAGCCAAUCAAACAAUCGCAUUCCAAAAUCCGGGGAGUCACGUGUAGCGCACACUAAAGCUGACAUCGAUCGCGAGACGCUGACGCUGGAACUUGAGAACAACCUUACCAUAGAGCGCAACCUGAUCGGCAAGUCUCACGAAGAAGAUUGGAGAUGCAGGGCGAAUGGAGAUGAGCGGUUUUCCGAUAAGAACGGAGGUGGCGCAUCUUUUCAUACACACGGCAUCUUCAGAACCGUCGAGCAUAGCCGAUACAACACCAACAGAGACAGGAUAGGCUGUAGCAAACAGCCCAUCACUUCGGUGCCCAACACGAUGCCUAUGGAUCCAGAGGAAGUCGAGCGCAGACUCGCAGCACCACCCCGACGACGCAUUAACCUUGAAACUGCUUCGUGGUCGGACCCGACCUCUUGGACCGACCCAAACGAUAUCGACAACAAUUGUCCAGAAUGCGGAUAUCCUAAGAAUCCCUGUCUGUGUAAUAUGGAUAUGUCUCAACCUAUAUUCAAACAAGGCCUCUCAAAAGAAGAUUUUAACGAGUUGUGGAUAUCGAAGUUCCAGACUCAUUUAAGUCAUUGGCCACGGAAUAUUCAGAGUCAUGAGAGUCGGUAUUGGUGGUUUGAAAGAUGA